AUUUUCUCCAAGCCCUCCCUCCCCCGCUCUUUAAAUCUCGUCUCCGGUUCCGAUCGAGCUCCAGCGAACUCCUCUUGCGGUCACCGGCGGCGGACCAUACCCCGCUCUCUCUCUCUCUCUCUCUCUCUCUCUAUAUAUAUAUAUAUAUAUACACACACACAUAUAUCUCUCCGUGAGUUAUGUGGGAUUUCUUUCGCCGGAUCGGCCGGACCUAGGGUUUUUUUGGGGGGCGGCGAUGGUGGGGAUGAUGGCGGCGGAUUGGGCGGAGACCGCGGUGAGUCUUCUCAACUCGGCGAGGUCUUCCGGAGAGAUUCCGGCGAAGCUGCGGUGGUUGCGGCAGUUGAAGGAGGUUCUCUUGCACCGGGACCCGUCUCUGCUGCCCGACUUCGCGCCCCGACUCGCGGAACUCCAGGCCGACCGCGCCAGCCCCGUGCGGAAGCUCCUUGCCGAGAUGAUUGGUGAUAUUGGAAUGAAGCAUAUGGAGCUUUUACCUGAAAUGAUUCCUAGUUUAAUUUACUUUUUAAAGGAUUCAACACCUGCAGUUGCUCGACAAGCUAUUAUUACAGGAACUUAUUUGUUUCGAAAUGUGUUAGAAAAGGUGGUAAUUCAGGGUUUAUGCUCAAGUGAUUUAGACGAUUCAUUAAAAUCGUCAUGGGCAUGGAUGCUAAAGUACAAAAAUGCAGUAUUGCCAAUAGCAGUCCAGCCUGGGAGUGAUGGUGUUAGAUUGCUUGCGGUAAAGUUUAUUGAAGCAAUAAUUCUACUUUAUACACCGGAUCCUGAUGUUUCCUCUGAUCCACCCCAUGAAGCUUGUGAAGGGAUGGGAUUCAAUAUAUCAUGGUUAAGAGGAGGCCAUCCUUUGCUUAAUGUUGGAGAUCUAGCUAUGGAAGCCAGUCAGAGCUUGCGAUUGUUGCUCGACCAACUUAGGUUCCCGCAAGUGAAAUCACUUAGUAACUCCAUAGUUAUUGUGCUCAUAAAUAGUCUCUCAGCUAUCGCGGAGAAAAGGCCUUCCUUUUAUGGACGCAUAUUACCAGUUUUACUUGGUUUGGAUCCAGCAAGUUCUGUGAUCAAAGGAGUGCAAGUCCCAAAUGCACACCAUGCAUUGAAGAAUGCCUUUAUGGCAUGUUUGAAAUGUACACAUUCAAGUGCUGAACCGUGGCGUGCUCGUUUGGUUGAAGCUCUAAAAGCCAUUAAUGCUGGUGAGUUGGCAGAACCAGCAGUCAAGCUUAAGGAGAAUUCUGGAGGUAUAGUAGUCCGUAGAGAAGAGUUGUCACCUCCUAAGGAUGAUAAGGUAACAUUGCAAGAGUGUGAUGAGCGAAACAAUGAUCUUGGGUGUAAAAGAAAUAUGGAUGAAGAGUGCAGUGAUUUGUCACAAGAUGAUGUUGUUUCUAGUAAAAGAGCUAGACAAACAUCUGUUGCGGCUAAAGAGGUUACCAAUGAAUCGCUUCAGAAAAGUCCUGAUUCAGUCCAGAUUAAUCUGCCUUUGAUUAGCUCUACAACUUCGAGGGAUGGAAGUUCUGGACCUGUACAGCAACUUGUUAGCAUGUUUGGUGCAUUAGUUGCCCAAGGUGAUAAAGCUGCUGGGUCACUAGAGAUUCUUGUUUCAAGUAUCACUUGUGACUUGCUAGCGGAAGUAGUUAUUGCUAAUAUGCAGCAUCUUCCACCAACUUGUCCUGAAGCAGAUGGGAAGGAAGAAUUAAUUUCUGGUUUGGGUUAUGCCUCUGGCUUUGUUAGUAAUAGCCUGCCUGCUCUGCGGCCAUCAGUGCUUGCUUCAGAUAUUCUUUCACUGUCAAGUUCUCUACCAAUGCUAGCGUCACUGUUGAAUAUUCAACCUUCAGCAUCAUAUGAUAUUUCUAAAAUCCAGCAGGGAGAUGAAGAGAAAAUGACAGCCACAACAGAUGCAACUUUCUCACCCUCUAGUGUUGGUGAUGUCAUUGCAACUACAUCUGCCAGUUUGCCUGCUUCUGUGGAGCCAAGUGAACUUGUAACAGAAAAAGACGGUACAGCUGUUCCAUUAUAUGCAAACAUGGAAACAACAGAGAGUAAAAUACCUGGUUUGGAUUCCACCAGUUCUUUUGAUGAGAUUCAAGAGUCCCAGGAUGCUUCUCAUACUUCUACUGCCGAGCUGCAAGAAACAAAUCUAGGACAUGCUGUUAAUUUGGUCAGCACAAUGCGGCUUGAUGCUUCUACAACUGAUUGUGAAGCCCAGAGUCCACAACCAGCCAUAACAGAUGCAAGCCAGCUGCCUUGUAUAGCAUCUGUUACUACUGCUCCUCAAUAUAUUCUACCAAAGAUGACAGUGACUAAUGUCGACCUUACUGAUGAAGACAAAGAUCAUCUGCAAAAAGUGGCAUUCAUGCGCAUCCUUGAAGCUUACAAGCAAAUAGCAAUAUCUGGUGGAUCACAAAUCCACUUUCCCCUGCUUUCUCACUUGGGAGUUGAGUACCCUUUAGAAUUAGAUACAUGGGGGCUUCUACAAAAGCAUGUGCUGUCUGACUAUAUGAAUCAUGAGGGGCACGAGUUGACAUUACGUGUCCUAUACAGGUUGUAUCGGGAGGCAGAGCAGGAUCAGGACUUUUUUUCAUCUAGAACGGCCACAUCAGUUUAUGAAACAUUUCUUCUUGCUGUGGCAGAAACACUUCACGAUACUUUCCCAGCCUUGGAUAAAUCCUUGAGCAGAUUGCUUGGUGAAGUGCCUUACCUACCGGAGGGUGUAUUGAAGCUGUUAGAGCGCUUAUGCUCUCCUGAAAAUGAGAGACAUGAAAAGGACUUUCAAAGUGGUGACCGAGUUACGCAAGGCCUCAGUGCUGUUUGGAAUCUGAUUUUGCUUAGGCCUUCUAAUAGAGACAGAUGCCUCCAGAUUGCAUUACAGAGUGCAGUACAUCCUGUGGAAGAAGUGCGAAUGAAAGCAAUACGCCUGGUAGCAAAUAAGCUAUUUCCUAUGCCAAGCAUUUCUCAAAAAAUUGAAGUAUUUGCUAGUGAGAAGCUCCAGUCAGUAGCAGAUGAUAUUCCUGCCACGGAGGACAUCGAUGCCGAUGGUUCAGCUCUUGGAUUGCAAAAGAAUGGUGAUUUGGAAAAGCCACCUGCUGGGCGGCAGCCGCCCCCAAGUCUUGAUAAAAAUGAGCUCACAUCUGAUAACCCAUUGGACCAAAAUACAACUUCCUCUUCAAUAUCAGAGGCACAACGGUGCAUAUCACUUUAUUUUGCUCUUUGCACCAAGAAGCAUUCCCUUCUUCGGAGAAUUUUUGCAAUUUACAAAUGCAUUCCAAAAGCUGCAAAACAGGCAGUCCAUCGCCAUAUUCCCAUCCUGGUUCGUACUAUAGGGACUUCACCCGAACUGCUUGGCAUUAUCUCAGAUCCACCAACUGGAAGCGAGAGCCUCCUCAUGCUGGUUUUGCAAACACUAACAGAUGGAGUUGUUCCUUCACAAGAUUUGAUUUCGUCAGUCAAAAAGUUAUAUCAUUCCAAAUUUCAGGAUGUAGAUAUUCUAAUUCCAGUAUUAUCAUUUCUAUCAAAAGACGAGAUCCUUCCUAUUUUCCCCCAAAUUGUUAAUCUUCCCCUGGAUAAGUUUCAAGCUGGACUCACCCGGAUGCUACAGGGGUCACCACAUACUGGCCCUUGCCUCAGUCCACCUGAAAUUUUGAUUGCUAUCCAUGGAAUAGAUCCUGAGAAAGAUAAGAUACCUCUGAAAAAGGUCAUGGAUGCUUGCUCUGCUUGCUUUGAACAGCAGAAUGUGUUCACUCAACAAGUUUUGGCAAAGGUUUUGAAUCAAUUAGUUGAACAGAUACCUCUUCCUUUGUUGUUCAUGCGAACUGUCAUACAGGCAAUAGGUGUAUUCCCUGCCUUGGUGGACUUUGUAAUGGAGAUUCUAUCGCGGCUUAUAAACAAGCAGAUAUGGAAGUAUCCAAAGUUAUGGGUGGGUUUCCUGAAGUGUGCUAUCCAGACAAAACCUCAGUCAUUCAGUGUUCUGCUGCAGUUGCCUGCCCCACAGCUUGAAAAUGCAUUGACCAGAAAUCCCAUGCUAAGGGCUCCACUGGCCGAGCAUGCUAACCAGCCGAACAUACGUUCAACUCUACCGAGGUCUACACUUGUGGUUUUGGGGCUUGUGCAAGAUUCACAAGCUUCAGGCCCAGCACAGACAAGCCAGAGUCAGGCUGCAGAAACAGGCAGUUCUGCUGCAGAUGUUGCUACGGAAGUAACUCAAGAAUCUACGGCUGUUAGCUGAGGCCAGGUUUUCAGUAUUAUUUCCAACAAAAUGGCAGACCAUGAUAAAGGAUUUUAUUGAGACCGGAAGCAAAUAUUCUUGAGGUUGGAUAAUGUCCCAGUAGAAAGUGUGGUGCUAUAUUUCGCUCUUUGCUGGUCUGAUGGUUGUAUUGCCGUCUCAUUGCUGCAGUUUAUUGCAAAAUGUUAUACAAAGAAAUGUUAGAAAACUGGUCCUCUAUGUCAUAUGUAAGAGUUACUCGAUGGAUUCUUGGCACCAGGAGUAAUGUAUGAUAAGGUUCUUUUUUUUGGAACAAUAAUGGAAAUAAAAUGUGCCAUAGAUGAAUUUGCAGUGGUUUUGAUGU